CUUCUCUUAUUUUUACAUAUACACAUUGACAUGGCCACACCGGCGAUUGAUUCAGCAGCAGCAGCAAUAGUAGCAGCAGAACCUCAGCCAGUUCAAGCAUAUGCUAAGUUAGAAGGAGACGAUUUCUGCUAUUACAUUCGGACACUUCAAGUGACGUUGGGCAGAAAAGUCAAGAAACCAGAUAAUGUGGAUAUUCCGCUUGGAAAUAUCAAAUCCGUCUCUCGUCAGCACGCGCGAUUAUUUUAUAAUUUUACCACACAACGAUUUGAGAUGAUGGUCCUUGGUAAGAACGGUGCAUUUGUCAAUGAACAAUUUAUUGAAAAAGAUGUCACUGUUCCUCUGGAAAACAAGACAAAGAUACAAAUUGGUGAAGUGUCCUUCAUAUUCUUAUUACCACGCAUGGAGUUAGAACAAGCCGAAAAAUCAAUACCCAUUGGAUACAUAUCAAGGCCACAGCAAUUGGAGAAAAAAUCUUCAAAAAAGCGUGAGCGAUCACCGAUGGAUGAAGAUGACGGUGAAGGAGACGACAACGAAUUUAAAUAUAUCAAGCAAGAAAAUAAUAAACGAGACAUGAAUCCAGAAGAUUGGGUCGAAUCUUCUUCACCUGAAGAUCCUUCUCUCUAUGUCUCAAAAGACGUCAAACCACCCUUCUCUUAUGCUUCCUUGAUCGCACAAGCAAUUAAUUCUUCUCGGAAUAAACGCAUGACUUUAAAUGGCAUCUAUACCUUCAUCACCACCAAUUUCCCUUAUUACCAAAUGGCAUCUAACGGCUGGCAGAACUCCAUCCGUCACAAUCUAUCAUUGAAUAAAGGGUUCGUCAAGGUACCACGAAAGGAUUCUGAACCCGGUAAAGGAGCCUUUUGGACAAUUGAUCCCAUUGCACAAGACAUGUUUAAAGGUAAAAAACAUCGCUUUGAAGAAUCCGAAGAUGAAAACUCUCUCGUUCCCGUCGAAUCAGACCCAGAAGAAGAACAAGAACCGCCAGCAGCAAUAGCAUUGCCUAGCCAGAUACCCACCAUCGAGCCUGAAUUACAAGCUCAGUUACAGAACACCAUCCAACAGCAUCUUUUGGACCCAAUAAGUCAUCCAUUACCUCCUUCCAUCGCCGAAUUAUUACCUCAUGCUAUAUCUCAAUUACCUCCUCAAUUAGCAAAACAGCUUUCUACUACUUUACAAUCCGCUUUAAAAAAGAGGUUCAAUCAUACCACAAGCACAUCUCCCUAA